AUGACAGGAAUGCUUGAAUGUAUUUCAGUUGGCAUUAUUUCUUUAUUAUUUAUAAAAAUAUAUGCAUUAUUUUGUAAAAAUAAAAAUGAAAUCAGAGUAAAUUUAAAAACAAAACAAGAUGGUAAGUGUCUGGGUUCACUAAAUUUGCAUGUCGAUAUAAUAUGCGAUAUAACAAAUAAUUUUGGGAAAUAUUAUGCUAAAGAAGCUAUUAAAAAAAAAUAUAUCAUAGGUAUAAUUCCUGUAUAUAAAACUUAUAAUAAAGAAUAUGAAGAUAUUAAUAGAUUUAAUGAAUUCAUGGCUGAGUUGUUUAAGUUUUUAAAUAUGCGAAAUGGAAAACUAAUAUUGGCAAGUGAAGAUAACUGUAUAGUUAAUUUUUUACACACAGAGCUAAAAUCCGAAGAGGAAAAAGAAGAAAGAGAAGAUAAAGUUGAAGCAGAAAAUUAUUAUGAUGAUAACAUAUUAUUAGGGUCUUGUAUUAUUAUUAAUGAAAAAGUUUCUGUUGUUGUUUGUGUUAUUAAAUAUGAAAAAGAAAUUGAAAAACAACUUCAUUUUUUUUUAAGGAAUAAAAAAAAAGGCAUGUUUGUAAUUGUAAACAAUAUAUUCUUAAAUAAUAAUAUAAAAAAAGAUGAUAAAAGAUUUAAAAAUAUGGAAAUAUUAGAAAAGAAAUGUUCCUUAAUUCAACAAGGUGACAGUGAUAUUAAUAAUUUCUUAUCCUUUUUUGAUUUCUUUAAUGUUAAGAAGGAAUAUUUAAAUGAUAUUUACUCAAUUAUACAAAUUAAUAUGAAAAAUUUUACCUACUUUUAUAAGCUUUUAGGAAAUUAUGUAACUGCAGAAACUUAUCUAAAUGGAUAUAUGUAUGGAAAUCUUGUGGAUACGAAAAUAUACAACUCCUUAAUGGAUAUUUAUUAUGAUGUAAUUUCUGAAGCCAUAAAAAAAGAUAAUAAAAAAAUCCAUAUGAAAAAAUUUUAUACAUUUUAUGGUCAAAAGUGUGAUUACAGGAAAAUAGUAAAAUUUACUUUGAUGAGGUUGGAAAACAAUAUAUUAUUUUAUAUUUAUGACAUUUAUUUUUAUAUAUACUACCAACUGAUUUUAUACUUUUCAUAA